AUGGACCCAACCGAUGUCAUUCCUACUGGUUUUCACCACGCAAAGAACUAUUGUCAACCUGAUGGAAAGACGCUCAUAGAAUACAAGGAUCGUUGUUCCGUCUCUCCCGUCAAAUACUAUAUCAUCGAUUUUGAGACUGCAGAUUAUUUUCCCAAUAACAAACUUUGCGUUGGACUUUACGGGCAGCAAAAAGACGUCCCCGAAAUGUCCCGCACGGUGCCAUAUGAUCCAUUCAAGCUCGAUAUAUACCAGGUUGGAAAGUUGAUGGAAAGAUUUACCAAGGAAUACUCGGGAAUCGAUUUUCUUGCUCCGGUGUUCAAAGCCAUGACUUUACAGGACCCAAUGAUGAGACCGACAGCGACGGAGGCUCUCGAACAGCUUAAGCAGGUUGCUUCUUCUCUGAAGGACUCUGAUAUGUCUGCCAAAAUCAGGAUGACGAAUAAUGCUGCAUAUGAUUUACAGCGGCUUCUGGCAUUAGCGACCCCAUCCAGUCCGUUCAUGAUUCACAAUCUCUUGCUCCUCCAAAGUUCCUCUACGCUUAAUAUGUUGGGUCCUGCUGUGAGUCAAUACUCAACUGGGAAGAAAGGGGGUACGGAAAUUAAAAUGCCGGACACCGGCUAG